AUGGCACUUGUAGUGGCACUUUUCCUUUUCUUCAUUGGCUUCGCUACAAUUAUUCUUCUCCACUUCCUCAUGAUGACCAAGGCCUUCCGCCGCCGCUGCAUCCGCAUCAACCAUUUUCUCUUCUCUGGGACCGUGGCGACGACAACGGCCAACUUGCUUGAACUGCAAGAUCUCUUGCCCAAAGUUGAGUACAGUGCCUCAGCAUCUUCAAAAACCACGGAUUGUGCCAUCUGCUUGGAAUCUUUCAUAGAAGGAGACGAUUGUAAAAUUUUGCCUUCAUGUCAGCACUUAUUUCAUGCAAAUUGUGUGGAUCAGUGGCUUGGGAGAAAGCUCAAUUGCCCCACUUGUCGAACCAGGGUUGAUAUGGAUCUUGCAAAGCAGGGUUCGAGAAUCAGUGCUGCUGAUCGGUGGAAGAUGCUUUGGGAAGUCGGAUCCGAAGAAGGGAAUUCUUAUUAA